CCUCUGUGUACGACAGGCCCUUCUGAAUCCAGGAAGUCCAGGAAACACCCAGCCUUGAUAACAGCUUCGAGAAUGCUGGGACCGAGGUAAAAAGACAGAAGCAAAAACCCACUCCAACAUGAAGGAUCCAUUGACAAACUGCUCAUAUAAUAAAGUGUACAAGGACCUUAAGGAAGUUUCUCAAAAUGGAGAGAAUUUCUGCAAACAGCUCACGUCCAUCCUUCAGCAAAGGGCUAACCUAGAGAUUAGUUAUGCCAAAGGCCUUCAGAAACUGGCAAACAAGCUCACCAAAACACUCCAAAGCACAAAGAAAAAUUGCAUUUGUGGUGCCUGGACCUUUGCAUCAGAGAGCAUGAAAUCAUCUGCUGACUUGCAUCAAAAACUUGGCAAAGCAAUUCAGUUAGAAGCAAUAAAACCAACUCAUCAAAUCUUGAGUGCACAAGAGAAGAAGAAGAGAACACUGGAUAAUGAAGUUGAAAAGAUGGCGAAUCUGGUUAUUAACAACUGGAGUCAGCAAAUUAAGGCCAAGAAGAAAUUAAUGGUGGAAACCAAGAAGCAUGAAGCUCUUUUCCAUUCCGUAGAAAGUGCCAAGCAAUCAGUGACUGAGAAGGAGAAGCGAAAGCUGCUCAAUAAACUGAAAAAAUCAACGGAGAAGCUGACAAAGGAAGAUGAAAACUAUUACCAGAAAAACAUAGCCGGUUAUACAACCAGACUCAAAUGGGAAGCCACUUUACAAAACUGUUAUCAGAAUGUCCUAGACUUGGAGAAGGAAAGAAUCCAACUGCUGUGUAAUAUCUUAAACCAGUACAACCAACAUGUUUCCAUUUUUGUACAGACUUUGACCACCGGUCACACCCAACUCCACUGUGCCAUCAGCAAUAUUGAUGUUGAAAAAGACAUUAGGACUUUAAUGGAAGAAACUGCAGUUUCGACUACAGAGGAAAAAUCUGAAUUCUUAUUAACUGAUUACUUUGAAGAAGAUCCCGCAAAUGGGAUGGAUAAAGAGAGAAGAAAGUCUUCAAUAAAAUCAAAAUUGUCAAGGCUACAGGAGGAUAUUGAAAAAGCCUCAAGAGACAAGGAAGCCCUGGAACGAAUGAUGAGUGUGUAUGCAGCAAACCCUUCCUUCUCUGAUGCAAAGACUAAGAAAGAAACUGCAGUGCUCGUGGAUGAGACCAACCUGAAGCUAGACCUUCUGCAAGCCAACUUCUUCAAACUGUCAUCAGUAUUGGCUGACCUGGAGCAGAGGCCUAAACCGACACAUCCAUGCAGCUCUUGUAUCUCCACAUGGAAAGAGAAGGACCAGACACAUAGUUCAGUAAAAAUAUCACGUCCUUUUAUGAUGAAGAGAUUAGAAAAUGUUGUGACAAGAGCAUCUUCCAGCGAACCGUCAAAUAAACCAGGAUCUCCAUCCUUAGCUUCAGGAAUCACCAGCGCUGGUAAUGGUUCAUGCAAAGCCUUAUAUCCAUUUCAAGCCAGACGAGAUGAUGAGUUAAAUUUGGAAAAAGGAGACAUCGUGACCAUAUAUGAAAAGCAAAAUGAAGGCUGGUGGUUUGGAUCCUUAAAAGGAAAAAAGGGCCAUUUCCCUUCUGCGUAUGUGGAAGAACUGCCUUCAGACAACGCAAAGUAGUCUUCAGAGCCCUAGGAUCAGAAUUUGACUGUGGCCCUCCCUCCGCACAUUUAACUGACAGAGGAAGUUAUCUUUUGAAAAUGGGUGACUCUUUUCAGGUUUUCACAAUGCUUUGAAGUUUUGAUGAUUUUUCUUGAAACACAUAAUAAUCACAAUUUAAGAAUGGACAGUGGAAAUCAUAGAAUGUCAGAGCUCCACCUUGGACAUCAAACUCCUCAUUUUGCAAAAAGUUAAGCAACUUGCCUGUGGUUUCUGAGCUGUUCUGGUGUCAGAGGCUGGACUUGUUGCCCUAGGCCUUAGGCAGAAGGACAGAGAAAGAGAGGAUCAGAUUUAGAGCUGGGAGGGACAUUAGAACAACUCCCUCCCCCAUUUUGCUC